CAACGGUUCUUCUUCAUCCCCAACCCUUCGAAGGUCCAUCAAUGGCGGAGAGCUCCUACUCAGCGCAUCAGCACCAGUGAUUCGCCGACGAUGAUGGACUCGCCGAGGGUCUCCGUGGAGCCGGAGCAGAGGGAGAAGGUGAAGGAUUCAUCCAUGGCGAUCUGCCUUCCUUCGCCGAAGCGUGGUGGGCCUCCGCCCCCGUCGUCUUGGCUGGAGAUCCGGCUCUUUUAUGUUCGCAUCUCUCCCUGCGCUGUGGAUUCCGUCCCUCCUCGGCUCACCCUCUCUCACCUCCGUCGCGAGAUGGGCGUCUCUCUUGAGAUGAAUGGCGCCCGAGUCCCCUCCUCCGAUCCCACUGCUGUCACUCUUCGGUGCGAUCGUCUUGAUCGCGAAGCUUCCGAGGUUACCUACGUGAGCACGGACCUCGUCCGCCUUACCGGCGCCGUUGAAUUCGAGGUCACCGAUGAUAAGGGUUUUCUCAUCCUCUGCGGGUCGCUUGAGAGGAUGGAGGUGCCGUGGGGCAACGGGAGCAUCGGAUUGGAUCGCGGUCAUUCGCAGGCUUCGUGUGAUAAGGAUCCCAAGACUGGUUGGGUCAUGGAUUGCUACUCCGCUGCGUCGAUUGCGUCUUCGGCCUUUGUGCAGCCUAAGCUGGGGAUCUCGUCUCCUUCGAUCGAGGUUUAUAUAGCCGGUUGUUGCUCGGGGCAUCCUUUGAUCCUUUCCCAGACCAUUCAGCUGAGCCCUAGGACCAAAACUAAGCUGGGGAUGCUUGACGCUAUACCAGAGGAUGAGGAAACCAUUGAAAGGGAGCAGAGAAACAGUGAUGGUUUGCUACGCCAUCGGAGCAGUUCAUCAUCUGUUGCCGAGGGGGAAGUUGAUGAAUAUGAUCAAGAAAAGGUCGGGCAUAACUACUAUCCUGAAGGUUGGUAUGCAGAUGAUGACGGCCAACUCUCAUGGUUCAACGCCGGCGUCCGAGUUGGUGUAGGAAUUGGUUUGGGCAUGUGUGUGGGGAUCGGAGUUGGUGUCGGACUUCUCAUGCGCUCAUACCAGGCAACUACCAGAACUUUUAAGCGCCGGUUCUUCUAACCUUUUCACUUGAUCAUAAAACAAGCACAUCUUCUUCCACAAAGUGGCAUGCCCUAAAUGUUCCGGCUCCUCCCAUGGCUAAUCUGUACACUGUACACAAAAACUGGUCAGAGCUCCUUUUUUUGGUGGUUAAUCUUCAUAGUUUUAUCUUUUUGUACAUGAAAAACAACUUAUAGCAAGUAUAUUUGUGUUCAAGUUUGAGUGUGGAACUGACAUAAAAUUGCAUGACAUUUGCCUGCUCAGCAUGGUCAUCACCAGUUGUAUGCUGCAUUUGAUUAGGUUCUCAUUCUUCCAAGUUACUUCUGAACCAGAUGUUCUUUGUUUCUUUGCCAGUUUUAUUCCUUUUUGUGUGCC